CUCCGCUCCCCGGAGCGUCCAGAGACUGGCGGUAUACGGAUCGGCGGUUGCGAGCUUCGCGGAGCCAACCGAGGGGGGGAGUACGGACGCAAAUGUGCGCAAAUCCCACAGGAAACUACAACCACAAAAGAACGACAGAAGAAAACAAGCGGACUCCGUUACCCUGAAUCUGAGACUUUGACAACUAUUAAUCAUCGCAUCCCCAUAUCACUGGGAUUCCGGGAGAGGCGCGUCCCUUUGUUUGCCGUGAAGUAACAUCUGCUCCAUCUGUGGAAUAGAAAGUCGGCUUUCCGCGUCGUCAUGGGCCCCAGCGUCCGGCUCUUCCUCGCCGCACUGCUGCUGACGGCACCGCGGGCUGGAGUGGCCGGCUUCCCCGAGGACAGCGCGCCUAUCGACUCGGUGGACUACCACUACUCGAAGCAGUACCCUGUGUUCAGGGGUCGCCCCUCCGGCAACGAUUCUCAGCACAGGCUGGAUUUCCAGCUGAUGACAAAGAUCCAGGACACGCUGUUCAUCGCCGGCAGGGACCAGGUCUACCUGGUGAGUUUGCGGGAGAGCUACAGGAACGAGAUCAUCCCAUACCGGAAGUUAACGUGGAGGUCAGGACAGGCCGACCGGGAAAACUGCGCCAUGAAGGGGAAACACAGGGACGAAUGCCACAAUUUCAUCAAAGUGCUGGUCCCUCGGAAUGACGACUUGGUGUUCAUCUGCGGCACCAAUGGCUUUAACCCCAUGUGUCGGUACUAUAGGCUGGACAACCUGGAGUUUGACGGCGAGGAAAUCAGUGGCCUGGCGAGGUGCCCCUUUGACUCAAAGCAGACCAAUGUUGCCCUCUUUGCGGAGGGGAAACUGUACUCUGCUACUGUAGCAGACUUCCUGGCAAGCGACGCGGUGAUCUAUCGCAGCAUGGGGGAUGGAUCUGCCCUCAGGACCAUCAAGUACGACUCCAAGUGGCUAAAAGAGCCACACUUCCUGCACGCCGUGGAGUAUGGAGAGCACGUUUACUUCUUCUUCAGGGAGAUCGCGGUGGAGCACAGCAACCUCGGAAAGGCCGUGUAUUCCCGAGUGGCACGCAUCUGCAAGAACGACCUGGGUGGCUCUCAGAGAGUGCUGGAGAAGCACUGGACCUCGUUCGUCAAGGCACGCCUCAACUGCUCCGUCCCAGGGGAGUCUUUCUUCUACUUCGACGUCAUGCAGUCAGUGACAGACAUCAUCGACAUUAACGGGACACCAUCCAUUGUGGGGGUGUUCACCACGCAGCUGAACAGUAUCCCUGGCUCAGCCGUUUGCACAUUUUCAAUGGAGGACAUCGAGAAGGCCUUCAGGGGCAGAUUCAAAGAACAGAAAACCCCAGACUCAGUCUGGACAGCCGUCCCAGAGGAAAAGCUGCCAAGACCCAGGCCCGGCUGCUGUGCGGGGCAAGGCCUGGCCGAAGCCUACAAAACCUCCAUUGACUUCCCAGAUGAGACGCUGCUUUUCAUCAAAUCCCACCCACUGAUGGACUCUGCUGUCCCAUCCCUCGGCGAGGAGCCCUGGUUCACAAAGACCCGUGUCAGGUACAGGCUGAGUGCCAUAGCUGUAGACACGGCUGCUGGCCCCCACCAGAACUAUACAGUCGUUUUCAUCGGCUCCGAAGCCGGCGUGGUCCUCAAGGUCCUGGCCAAGACGACCCAGAACUCACUGAACGAGAGCGUGGUGCUGGAGGAGAUAGACGUCUUCAACCCAGCAAAGUGUGCCUCCAGCAAGGAGGAUGACCGGAGGGUCCUGUCGCUGCACCUGGACAGGGCAAGUCACGGCCUCUACGUGGCCUUCUCCAGCUGUGUGAUCCGGCUCCCCCUCAGCCGCUGCGAACGCCAUGGAAGCUGCCACAAGGCUUGCAUCACUUCCCGAGACCCUUACUGUGGAUGGAUGGCUCACGGCUCCUGCGAGAAGAUCCAGCCAGGCCAGCUGUCUGGAUAUGAGCAAGACGUGGACUACGGCAAUGGAGCAGGGCUGGCAGAUUGUCACGAGUUUUUGCCUACAACAUCUACGCCAGAUUACAAAUCAUUUGGCGACCCAACAUCUGACAUGGAGUUGCCAUCACCUUCAGUCACCACCCUGCCAUCUGGCCUCAUGUCAUCACCUCAAAUCACUGCCACUCAGAAACCUGAACUGUUUGGUUCAAGGAAGUCUGUGCUCCAAGAUGACCCAGCCACCUCACAUUCUUAUGAGUCUUUACCAGUUGUCCCAGAGGGUGUGUGGGAGGUUCAGUCUGGAGAGUCCAAUCACAUGGUGCACAUGAAUGUGCUGAUCACCUGUGUUCUCGCUGCCUUUUUGCUGGGAGCACUGAUCGCGGGAAUGGUGGUCUACUGCUACCGGGACGCCUUCCUACAGAAACCGAGGAAGAUUCACAAAGAUGCAGAGUCAGCCCAGUCCUGCACAGACUCUGGGGAGAGCUUUGCAAAGCUAAACGGCUUGUUCGACAGCCCAGUGAAGGAAUACCAGCCAAGUGUGGAGUCUCCAAAACUCUACACAAAUUUGCUGAGAAAUGGCAAGGAGCUUGUCUCCAAUGGUGACACGAAGACCAUUUUGAGCGGCCAGUGUCACCCACCAGAGCUGGCAGCCCUUCCUACACCAGAAUCAACACCCAUCCUUCCACAGAGGAAUCUGCAGCCAAUCCGGAAUCAGUGGGAAAAGGCUCAUGGCAAGUCCUGCUCUUCCCGCAGGGAGUCUCAGCCGAAGGGCCCCCAUUAUUUCUCCUCAAACGCACCUUCCCAGUCAGUACCACCACAUGCCCCGAUUCCCAGUGCUGUGGUUCUACCCAAUGCCACACAUGAAUACCGGGCUUCCUUCACCAAUGCUGAUACACCGCGGUCUGAAAUCAAAGUCCAUAAUGGAGAUCCACACACAAGUGGCAAGCACUGCAAAAGAGACUUGCGGCACUCGGUGGAUGCCCGAAACACCCUGAAUGACCUCCUGAAACAUCUGAACGAGAAUGGCGGCAGUGUCAGCCCCCAAGCCAUCCUUGUCGAAGGGCCAAAAUCCCGUCACCACAUGAUGCUGGACCCCAUGAGCGUAAAUGAAACCCCACCAAAAGUCCCCAGCAGAGAAGCUUCACUGUACUCACCUUCCUCAUCCCUGCCUAGGAACAGUCCAACGAAACGGAUGGAUGUGCCCACGACUCCGACAACACCCACAGGUCAAAUGAACACUUUAGAGAGACAGAGGGGCUUGCACAGGACCCCUUCACAGAGGCACUCAAUGUCAGCGCCUCCAAAAAGCCUUAACUCUCCCAAUGGGGUUGGCUUAUCACGCCAGCCCAGUAUGAACCGGGGGGGCUACAUGCCUCCUACUCCUCCUUCAAGACUUGACUCCCAUGGAGCACCUCUGGGGGGACACAACCAGCCUUCAGUAUCCCGGCAGAGUAGCUACAAUGGGCAUGACUCCCUACCCCGAAUGGGAGUCAAGAGGACACCUUCUUUCAAACCAGAUGUUCCCCCAAAACCCAAUGGGUUCCCCCAACAGACUGCACAAAUCCGGAUAGUGAACAAGUACAACUACUAAGAAGUGUGUACGGUUGGGUUUUGGUCUGGGGAGCCAACCGCGAGGCCUAAUGAAGGCCUCGGUCUGGUCAGGAGGCCUGGCUGACUGCACUCAGAGGGAAUUCAGCACAAGGGAAUAUCGGAAAUUGCUUAAGGAAGAUUCCUUGGGAUGUGUGAUGGUGAUGGUGGACAGAGCCAUUUACACCAGGGAAACUACUUUGAGACGAUCUGACUACCAUUCCAGCUCCAGUAAUGGGGGGGGGGGGACUUGAAGAACGGGUCCUGUCAUUUUCUACCACUGUCUUCCCAUUAAAUGUGAACAAAAUGUAUUUUGUGGGUGUAGAGACUUGGAGGAGCCCGGGGACAAACCCAUCCUGAAUUUCAAAACAAAAUACACCUGUAGUGGGUGGUAAAACGUGCAGUGGGGGGAACUGGAGAGCCUGUGGGCCAGCUGUAUCGACCUGGGGUGCGGAUAACAGUAUCUAUCGUGGUACACAACCAGAACAAUGCGGCACAGCUAUUCGAGCACUACUUCCCAAUGAAUAUGGGUAUCAGAUUCUCAGUGAACGUCCAGCGUUCUGCAGGGAUGAGUUUCAACUCACUGGAAGAUCAUUAAUCAUGCUCGCUGCUAUGGAUUUAAUCCCAAAUACAGUCUGUGUCCCCUGGACUUCAAAGUACCUCUGCCACUGAGAUCUGGUAGCAAAAGCCCCUCCCCAUCAUGAUUCAGUUGUGUGUGUGUGCACAUUUUGAGUACAGCAACAAGGGAAUGUAGAGGCUGAUCAGGCGUCACAGCGUGCCUGGGGCGCAAGGGAACAGUCACGCUAUGCGAGGUCCAGACAGAGCUGAACUGUGAUUUCCGGUGAAUUCUACAACCCAACCCCCAACGCCGAGGAACAUCUGUGCGCAGCUCAGUAUGCCAAAACGGGAAAAAAAAAGCUUUCACCCUUUUAUUGUUUGAGAACUCAUUUUUUCAUAAAUACUGCAAAACGUGGUUUGAGUUUCAAGAAACUGUUUUGAGAACUGAACCCUUUGAACGAUGAUUGUGCAAUCUCCUAAGAGUUCUAACAGUGCCCCGAGAAGUCAUGCCGGUAAUGACAGAACUGUAUAUACAGAACCCUGUUUUUUUUAAGCCGUUUCCCUGAAUCUGUGCAUUGUGUGCCUUAUUCAACACGUGUUGGUCCGUGGUUAAAACGUCAGCUCCUCAAAGGCUUCCUGUGUCUCGAGUUAGUUUUUGGAAUUCAGAGGCAGUGAGCUCUCAUAGUGGAGAGCUGGCGUGGAAAAUGGUGGCAGCUAGAAACAAGAGUUUGGUCAGGCACAAAACCCCCAAGGUAAAUCCCAGUCCCAAAAGAUAUCCCCACAGUUUCGGCAGGAUGUAAUUGACGUAUUAUGCAAUGUGUGCCCUUAACAGCCAAAUCACAGCAAGUAGAUUUUGCUCCAUGCUCCCUGUAGUCUGUUAUUGAUAUGGGAUUGUAAUGGAUCCCCACAGAGAUAUUACAGUAUGUCAGAGGUUACUUGCAAUACUUGCAUUUUCUAGCCAAAAACUGAACAGACAUUAGAAAUCAUCUAAUGAGUGUACUUAACUUCCUGUGUGUGCCUACACGCGCGUGUAUUUCCAGAUGGCCCUUGGGAAAUCCUCACACAAGAUUGGCUACAAUGGAGUUAUUUUUUUUUUUAAAUUGAGGCCAUGUAUUAUAUUUCCAAGAUACAGACACCACUAAUUUGCUUGCCUGUUUAAGCCCAAAGUUAUUUUGUGAACAAGCAUUGUGUGUAUUUAAAGAAUCACCUGUUCAACAAGACUGGAUGUUGCUACCUGCUAAUAACUUUCUCUAGCACAAAAGGAAAAUAUGUAAUCCAUUUUAAGGGCUCUGUAUGAGUCCAGCUACCCUGUAGAUUGCAGUAUGAACCCAGGCUUAUUGCAAUUGGACCUCCAAGUCUUUACAUUUCAGUCAAUGCUUUGUGUGAGAACAAACCAGACUGACUUAAUCUUUAAUACUGUGCACAUUAGUGGCCGAAAUAGUAUGUCCUAACGUGUAGAUAUUGUAAAACUUGUACUGUGAAUGUGUAAAUAGUUUUUGUUUUUUAUAUUUUAAAAAAAGCAUGUAUAGUCCAAAUAAACCAUUACUACCCAGA